GGGAGUCCUGGCCAGCAGCCUCCACCUGCUGGAGGAGGGACGGGGCGGGGCUAAGAUGAGGAGGGAGGUGACGCACGAGAGACCCAGAUCGCCCCGCUUCUCGCCCGACCCCCGCCGAGGCCCAGACCUCGGCAGGCUCCUCCGUCUGCAGCUCGGUUAAAAAUGGUCUCCAGGAUGGUUUCUACCAUGCUGUCUGGCCUGGUGUUAUGGCUGACGUUUGGAUGGACUCCGACAGCUGCUUAUAGCCCAAGAACCCCAGACCGGGUCUCAGAAACAGACAUCCAGAGGCUGCUCCAUGGCGUGAUGGAGCAGCUGGGCAUUGCCAGGCCUCGGGUAGAGUACCCAGCUCACCAGGCCAUGAACCUUGUGGGCCCGCAGAGUAUCGAAGGUGGAGCUCAUGAAGGUCUGCAACACUUGGGUCCCUUUGGCAACAUCCCAAACAUCGUGGCAGAGUUGACCGGUGACAACAUUCCUAAGGACUUCAGUGAGGACCAGGGCUACCCAGACCCUCCAAACCCCUGCCCCGUUGGAAAAACAGUAGAUGAUGGAUGUCUAGAAAACACCCCUGACACAGCAGAGUUCAGUCGAGAAUUCCAGUUACACCAGCACCUUUUUGAUCCAGAACAUGACUAUCCAGGCGUGGGCAAGUGGAACAAGAAGCUCCUUUAUGAGAAGAUGAAGGGAGGACAGAGACGCAAGCGGAGGGUGACGGUGAAAACUAGAGCCCUUGAGGAGUCCUCUUUAAGUGGAAGGCUGCUUUGGAAGAGUCAGUCACAGCAGCAGAGUGUCAAUCCAUAUCUACAAGGACAGAGACUGGACAAUGUUGUUGCAAAGAAGUCAGUCCCCCAUUUUUCAGAUGAAGAUAAGGAAGCAGAGUAAAGUGACGACGCAGUGUGGAAAUUCAUGUGACCUGCUAGACCGCCUUGGUACUGCUUCUGCCCGUGUGUUGUUAGAGCCCCUGUGAAGGGAAGCAUGUUUCUAAUUUAGAUAAGUAUGGACGAAAAGCAAAUGUAUUUUAGUAUUGUGUUGUCCUUCAUGCCAAUAGCUCUGCUUUCUGCUAAAUUAGGGUAAGAGCCUUUUUUCCCCCUUUAAAUGUGGAUCUGCAGUGAGCAUUAAAAUUGAAGUGUAUGUGUCAACAACAAUAAAAAGCAAAUGAAUGAAA